UACGUCUCUGAUGUGUCAGAGGGAGUCAGGGCGAGUCUCGACUGCAGACAUCGUCGAUGCGCGCAGGAUGCUCAUCAGCAUGACAAGAAACCAUCGCUUUUCUCUUGAAGGUUCUGCAGUGACAAAAGUGUGACCGCUCAGAUCCACACGCACACACGUCAUAAGAAGUCUUACGCAAGAGUUUUGACUCUGUGCCUGCUCGACAUUGUUCUGCUCUUCAGGCCUUUUUUACUCAAAAACAAAAUCCUCGGCCCUGACCUGAAACCACCAUGUCUGGGAAGGAGCGCAGCCCCCGCCAUCGGCCAUGGUCGGUCUACCGGGCUAAUACGUUUGAUCUCUCUGCUGAGAUGAUGGGGUUGGCUCUCUCAGGCAGCAGUCAGGACCCUGAUGAGCCGGUGCUGGAGUUCAGCGUGGCCUGCAGUGAGCUGGUGACUCCUGCACUGGACCGUAAGCCGACCAGCUUUGUGGCCGUCAGCUGCACCACUCCGCCCCAGGCCUUCUGGACUAAACACGCUCAGACUGAAAUCAUAGAGGGCACCAGUAACCCCAUCUUCCUGAGCAGUAUAGCUUUCUUUCAGGACUCUCUGAUCACUCAGCAGACGCAGGUCAAGCUUUCAGUCUACGACGUAAAGGACCGCUCACAGGGCACGAUGUACAUGCUCGGCUCUGCCAUGUUCUCCGUGAAGGAGCUGCUGCAGGACAAGCACCACAGACUGCACCUGACUCUCAGGUCAGCGGAGAACGAGCGCGUGGGCAACAUCACUGUCAUUGCCUGGCAGAUAGAGGAGAAACGUGAACAGAGAGCUCCUGUCGCAAGAUUACAGAGGGGGGAUACUGUUAAUGGAAGGAUGGUUCUGCCUGUGGAUGAAAGCCUAACUGAAUCCAUGGGCAUCAAAUCCAAGUCGUCCUCUUUGUGUAAAGAUCCGCUGCUGAAGGCUGUGUUUGGCGGCGUCAUGUCACGAACGUACCGUUUCCCCACUACGGAUGGUAACCACCUGCGGAUCCUGGAGCAGAUGGCAGAGAGCGUCCUCUCCCUGCAUAUUCCUCGACAGUAUGUCAAACUGCUGCUGGAGGAGGAUGCUGUCAGGGUGUGCGAGCUGGAAGAACUGGGUGAGCUGUCUCCAUGCUGGGAGAACCUCAGGAGGCAGAUCAUUACUCAGUACCAGACCAUCAUCCUCACCUACCAGGAGACCAUAAGUGACCUGCAUGAAUAUAAGGGUCCGUCAUUUAAGUCUAGCACCUUGAAAGCUGAGAGGAAGUUGGAGUUCAUCCCCACUAACCUACAUAUCCAGAGGAUGAGAGUACAGGGAGAGUCUGGUUACGACCGGACGUACGACGUAGUAACUAUUGGUGCGCCUGCAGCACAUCACCAAGGCUUUAAAGGCUGUGGUCUCCGAAAGCUGCUGCACAAGCUCGAAGAAGCCAGGAAACAAACCCAUGGAGAGGAGGGCUCUAAAGCAAUGGCAUACCAGCCUCAGGAUGUUGUAAAAGCAAAGGAGCUGAUUGGUCAGAUUAACACUCUUAAGACACAAGUGUGUUACUACACUGAACGUCUGUCCCGAGCUGCCAAGGAGCGCUCAGCCAAUGCUUUGGAGAGAACUCUGGCCAUCCUAAUAGAGAAGACUCGUCAGCUCGUGACCGUGUGCGACUCCAAGCUGCUGUCCACAGCCAUCGUGGCUCUGGCAGCAGCCCGCCCAGAGUUCUCUCAGCAAAGCACCCCGUCGCCAUCCUCCUCCUCCCUCUCGCCCUCCUCUCGCUCUCCGUCCCGCUCCCCCUCUCGUCACCCCACCUCGCCCUCUCGUGCUACCACCUCACCCUCUCGCCACACAGCUCCUCUGGAGGGCAGUGAAGGGACUAAAAACAAGCGCGCUUCCAUGCAGGCGGAUUUGCAUGAAGAGGAGUGGGAGAAGAUUUGGCUAAACGUGGAUAAAAGCUUAGAGUGUGUGAUCCAGAGAGUGGACAGGCUGCUGCAGCGGGACAAACUCCAGAGUGACAGCAGCUCUGAGGACGUCUUCCUGCUCGCCAGUGACGAGCCGGGUAACGCUAAGAAAGAAAGCAGCCCAGAGGUUGAAAAGUCAUCCCCAGGUGAGUGGAGCGACGCCCUGUAUCCUCUCCUCACCACUCUGACAGAUUGCGUGUCUCUGAUGAGCGACAAAGCCAAGAAAGCCAUGGUGUUUCUGCUGAUGCAGGACAGCGCCCCCACCAUCGCCAUGAGCCUCACCCUGCAGUACCGCCGCGACGUUGUCUUCUGCCAGACGCUCACCGCUCUGAUCUGCGGCUUCAUUUUAAAGCUGAGGAACUGCCUCUGUGACUCAGGCUUCCUCAGGCAGCUGCACACCAUCGGCCUGCUGGUGCAGUAUGAGGGCCUGCUCAGCACUUAUGGCGAGGAGCUGGCCAUGUUGGAGGACAUGAGCGUCGGAGUGAUGGACCUGAGAAAUGUCACCUUUAAAGUUACCCAGGCAACUUCUGGUUUCAGCCCCGACAUGCUGCCGGUGAUUACGGGGAACAGGAGCGGCUUUAACGUCAGGGUCCCGAUGCCCGGGGCGAUGUUUGACAUGCUGCCACGAGAGAUCCAAAAUGGGAUGCUGCUGCGAGUUCAGCCCGUCCUGUUCAACGUUGGCAUUAACGAACAGCAGACUCUGGCUGAGAAGUUCGGAGACACAUCGCUGCAAGAUGUCAUCAACAUGGAAAGCAUGACUCGCCUCAGCUCGUACUACGACCAGUUUAAAGAGGUUCUUCCAGAAGACUGUCUCCCUCGCUCUCGUAGUACCACCAGCGUGAACGAGCUGCUCAAACUGCUGAGCCAGAACGUGAACGCCAAGAAGAACAAGAACGUGGAGAUCCUGUGGCAAGCAGCUGAGGUGUGUCGCCGCUUGAACGGAGUGCGUUUUACCAGCUGUAAGAGCGCUAAGGACCGCACGGCCAUGUCUGUGACCCUGGAACAGUGUCAGAUCCUGCAGCAGGAGCACGCCCUGGCCCCACAGGUCUUCUAUCAGGCCUUGGACUGUAUGCGCAGCGAGGGCUGCAGGAGAGAGAACACCAUGAAGAAUGUGGGAUGUCGUAAAUAUGCCUUUAACGCCCUCCAGCUUAAGGCCUUUCCCAAACAAUACCGCCCUCCAGAGGGGACAUAUGGGAAGGUCGAAACCUAAGCGGACUCUGCUAUUUGGCAGAAACCAAAAGACUGAAAGGGGAUGAAGAAGAUGGCGCCACACAAACAAAAGCACCAACACAAACUGGAACAGCAGCCCUUUGUUCUGUGCUUAGUCAUUGUUAAGAUAAUAAAUGUCCAAGUGCCAGUGCUCACUGUAGAUCAUUUUCUAGCAGACUCCUGUCCCCUCUCAGUAGUAUUAGAUUCAAACACUUUUCACACAUGCUUCACAGCCACAGUCAGCGUUCUGUGUUACUUUGUAGCCAGUGUGCAGACAGUGUUUGCUGCUGUACCAGUUGUAGCAUCGGGAAGCGUACAGUCUCUCUGGAUUUAUUUUAAGGAGACGUGCAAAAGCCUUUAGCGUUUUAGAAGAAAAAAGAUGUGGCACACAGGUGUAUUUAUACUCAGCAGAGCAGCUUUUGUUGACGCUAUCACGCCAUCAGUUAAGAAGUGAGACUGCUGAUUAUCUACAAAACAUAAAAAGCAUUGAGCCCUUUUCAGACAUUGGAUUCCCACUGGCUUUACCUAGUGUGUCAUUGACACAAAAGUCAUUUUACUUUUCACGUUCAUCACAUAAAUCACUACUUUCAGUUGCUCCCUUAUCCCAAAGGGUUCACCACAGCAGGUAGCUCUGGAUGUAUGAUCUGUUUUCUUUCCUGACUCAAUCCCAAAGAAGAGUUUGUAUCACCAGCUGGAUGUGAAUCUGAAACGUUUUGCUUGGCAAGCACACAUGUGUAAACCACUACACUAACAGAGCCUCAGACAUACUGUGGGGGUAAUAAUCAUUUGAUCCCUUGCUCAAUGGAGAGAGACAGAAUAUGAACCAAAAAUCCAGAAAAAAACCUAAAGCCUAAAACAACUGAAGUCUGCUGAUUUCUGGAUUCUGUCUUGGCUCUUUCUUAGGCAGGAAGCUGUAUUCAUGACUGGCUACCAUGUUAAUGUGACUGAAUGCUGUUUACAAUGUUGAAAUUAUUUUGAGUUAGCCUGCUGUCACAACUUUCUCAGAAAAGUGACCAAAAUGCUGUUUUAGACAGAAGACGUGAGGUUCAGAUGUUGCCAGACUUUAAGGAGUGCAUGUCUGAAAGGGGCUUUAAAUUUAUGUGCAUAUUGAUCUGUACCUCACCACAAACACAGCAUUUGUGGUUUACAUCAAGCCAAGCCUAAAGCACUGAGGUACAAUAUAAAUCCACUACAUAAAACAAUUUCCAUCUCAUAGAUUUUUGUCCUCUGUCCUACUUAUUUUGGCAAAUGACAGGGAAUAAUAUGGGAACAGAUAUUAAGGUUUGUUCUUUUUGAUCAACAUAUAAAGACAAGUUUAAACUACAAGACAAGAGAAGCUAGCAAGAUGUCACGGGAUGCUAAUGACCUAUCUCCUGCUGUUAACUUUAAAUCCACUCUAGGUAACAUACAGGUCAAUAAAGUUCAUCAAAGCAAGUGUAGUCACUUGUUAGAGAUGUUUCUCUGGAGAUAAGCUGCUCAGCAAAAUCUGCAGAAGUUGUUAAAAUCAAAGAGCUUAUUUUGUUUAUUUUCCUUAGGCAGCCAUCUCUUUGUCUUUCUACAAACACGUGAAUAUUCUGCACCACAUCAGUCCAAUACAAGCACAGUUCUUUGACGAGUACGGUAUAUAUCUGACAUGACUCUGACAUUUUUAUUGAAAUGAUGUUUUACCUAACUUCUGAGGUUCUUCUGAUGCUACGCUGGAAGCAUUAAAGGACAAAUGGUGGGCUUCAGAGUGGUCCAUCACUUUAUUCCACAACUCUUACAUGUCUAAGGAAACAUUUCUGCAGGAUCAUAUGCAGUGCUAUGGCGGUUUGAGAGCCCUUCAAACUUCAAAAGGUUUUUUUUUUUUAUUAAAGCAAUGUGUGUCUUGGUUUUUCUCAGUUCUCUGAAAAAUUAUGCAGAAGUUCUUGAUUGGAAUCAGAAAUCUUAUUCGUUUUGCGUGCAUGAAAAGAUCUUCAGCUGUAUGUUAUUGCAGCUGUACACCUCUGCAGUGAUGUAUGGGAUAUAUGCAGUUUUGACUAUCAAUGAGAAGUUGAUAAAGGUUUUUAGACUCAAGUGAAAUAAUGCAUAUUGCAUUAUUGUGAUAACGAACACCUCUUUUGUUUUCUGUUUAUUAGCUGUUUGCUUAAAUUCUAUAAUGUGCAAUACUUGCAGAGAAAGGGGUUUUAUUUUGACUAUGUUAUUUAUGUUCACAUGGCUGGUGCUGCCAAAUGCUGUUCUAGUUUCAUCCAUUGUUAUCGAGUAAGUUAUGACUUUGAUCUGACCAGUUGUAUGUGCACACAGGAUGAACAGGUUGCCUCGCGGCGACCUGCACACCACAAAGGUAUGAACUGAAGCUGGAUAAUGAAUAAAGGCUUGUCAA